AUUAAUAUAUAUUAUAAAAAAAGAUGCCUUUUUAUGGUCAUGCAAAUACAGCUCAAUUUCUCUUACAUGCUCAUGCUUUUCUUGCUUUUGCAUGCACCAAAUGGUGUUCAUCAAAUACCUCUUAAGCUUAUGGCAUUUCUUCUCAUAACUUUUAUACAUUAUAUUUUUCGUUUUCGAUUAUUGUUUUUUUAUUCUCGAUCGAACGAUAUAAUACGAUGGUUAAAACUCCUCCUUGCUCAGAUAAGCUGCAAAUGCAAAAGGGUAUUUGGAAUGACGACGGAGAUCGCGAACGAAAUGCCGCGUACGUUCCGAAACAGGAUGGAACAGGUAACUGGACAACUUUUUCCAAGAGAUCAGGAUCAGGACAAAAGAGAAGUGGGAAAAAUAGCAGAGAAAAAUGGCAUAAUGGUAAUAAUUCAAAAUGUGAUCCAAAGCACAAGAGCUUCACAACUCAAGAAGAGGAGUUAGUAAUCCAGCUACAUUCAGCAAUUGGUAGCAGGUGGCCUAUAAUAGCACAACAACUCCCAGGAAGAACAGACAAUGAUGUAAAAACCUUAUGGAACAGUAAACUAAGGAAGAAGCUUUCUGCUAUGGGAAUUGAUCCAGUCACUCACAAACCCUUCUCCCAAAUUCUCGCCGAUUACGGAAAUAUCGGAGCUUUCCCUAAAGCCCGAACCCGUUUCUCCUCUCUCUCGAAAGACAUAAAAAACUCCAUCGUCUUUAAAUCCUCGAAUUCCGAACUCAUAUCGCAAAACCCUAAUAACAACAACAACAACAACAACAUUAAUCCGCACGAAAACUUUUCCCAUUAUUUUCACGACCAUCUUUUCUCACCAUCGCCCUCGAAUAUUUCCGAUAUCGCCCAUUAUAAUAAUAAUAAUAAUCCGCUCGAUCUUUACUCCCAACUCCAAUCCGUGAACUUUGUCACGAAAAAACCCGAUAAUAAUAAUAAUAAUUUAAAUUUAGCACAACAACAACAACAACAACUUUUCGUGAACAAUGAGUGCGCCACGUCAUCGUCGGUCAACCAAGAGUUUAGUUGGAGCGACUUCUUUCUCGAGGACGCGCAAUUAGAAAACGAGGGGAAUAUUCUCGUUGCGCAUGAGUGUGGUGGUGGUGGUGAGAAGUUGGAAUCGGAAGAAGAUCAAGUGAAGGAAAGGUAUAUUAUUAAUGAAGAUAAUAAUAACGAGAUUAAUGCGUUGGUCGAUAAUAAUAAUAAUAAUACGUUCGAAGCAUUGUCUUCGCCUUCGAACAGUGCUUCGUCGUUCGUGGAAGCCAUGAUUGAGAGCCAAGAUGAGAUGUUUUCGCAGCUACCUUGCUUCUAUGAGGAACAAUUUUAUUAAUUAAUUAGUUAAUUAAUUAAUUAUAGCUAUAUCCCAUAUAUAAAGAUGAAUUUGUUGUAAUAAAAAAAGUAUGUGUUGUAAUAAGAUCUUUGGUGAACAAGUUGAUGAUUUUAAUUUAGGGAUAAUGCAUAUUUAGUACCUUACCUUUGCUCUAAAUUCAAUUUGAGUCAUUGCCACUAUAAGGUUCUAUUGAUUAAAUAAUAUAAUAUUUUAGAAACAUGUUCGAUUACCGCGAUUCAAACAAAUUUAACUUGGCCCGCAAUUAAAUAUUACGUAAUAUUAUGUAACACGUUGUUUUUGUUUUUUUU